AUGGACACAGAAGCAUCCUCAGAAGAUUGCCGGGAGAGCUCCCUCCUGUGCUCCCCGGGCAUUGGGGGAGCAGCUUCGAGGGCCGCCUGUGCUUCUGGCAGCCAGCAGCUCUUUCCUGCUCCAGGCGAGUGGUUCAGCUGCGAUCCCGUGCUCAUCUUGGUGCUGAUCCUGCUCCUGUCGCUGCUGCUGGCGUUGGCGGUGGCCUUGGCUGUGCAGUCAGCGCCACAGGUUCCAGUUCCACCUGCGACUCCGCUCUUGGUUCUGGGCUGUGCCCCCGGCCGGGUUGGAUACAAUGGAUUCUGCUACUACUUCUCAAGGGAUCAGGGCACCUGGGAUCAGGGUCAGGAGCGGUGCUCCGAGCUCGGGGCCUCCCUGGCCAUUGUGAAGGAUGAGGAAAUGGAUUUGUUCUUCCGCCUCCGCGGGAACGUCGAUUACUGGCUCGGGCUGCGCAGACGGGGCGAGCACCUGCAGUGGGGGGACGGCAGCAGCUUCAGCUCCUCGGCUCCUGUCCUUGGCAAUGCCGAGUGUGUGUGCCUGGCUGACGAUAAAUUCAGGAGUGAGAGCUGCUCGAAUCCACAGCCGUAUCUGUGCAGCAAGGCCCGAGCUCCCCUGUAACAGGGGCUGGAGAAAGGAGCUUCUCCACACUGGGCAGUCCCAGCUUCACCUCUGAACCCGGCACAGGGCUGUCCUUUCUCAGCUGCACCCUGUGCCUUGCACUUGCUCUCAGGGUCACCUCAGUGCCUGUUCAUGCCCAGUGCCAGCGCUGGGCUGGCUGUUCAAAGGAGAAGUCUCUGCAAUCCAUCCUGCCAGCUAUGCUAGCUGGAGUGAGGGGAUUGCCCUCAUUGCACAACAAGCUGAAAUGGGAAAUCCAAAUGGCCCUGGGCUCUUAGAAAUCUUCACCAAUUGACCUAAAUGUGGUGAGAUUUUUGGACUGUCCCUAGAUGAGGAAGAUGAAAAGCUGACAUGUGCUGAGGAGGAAUCCCACCUGAGUGUCAAGAAUGGCCUGUCUGUAUCUCUCUCUGUCUGUCAGUUGCGAAUGAUCGGACUGCUCUGCUGUGGGAGGAAAUCCAGGCUGGUGCAGGACAAGGAUUUGUCUCCCUGAGGUGGAAGCAGUGACACGAUGUGACUGUAACCCACAUCCCUCUGUGUUAGAGUCUGUGAAACAGUUGCCACUCUGAAUUCUUCCAAGAGAGAUUCAAGUGCAGGUAUUGAAUUAAUCCGUUUGGAUGGAUUAAAGUAUAUUCAACCAGUCAAACAUGAAAUAGACUUGUAAGUUUAAGUUUUAAGUAAUUAAGUAAAUUUAGAUAAGUGAGGAUAUGUUUUAAAUGCCUUAAGAU